GCUGUCACCGAGUGGGCCAAGCCGUGGGUUGCCCAGAGGGCGUCUUCCUGUUUGGCCUGGACGCUGCGAUGCUCUUGGGGUUCUGUCGCCAAGCUCGCUGAUGGCCCGUUCGCAUGGCGGGCUUCACGAAGCACCUCAGCACGCACGUCUACUUCCACAUGGACAGGACGGGUGCGUCAUCCUCGUCGUCGGCCCCGGCGAGCAGCGGCAUGACCGGCAAGAAGCCCUCGGGCAGCCCGCGACUGCACGGCACAGACUCGGCAGCGCCCUCUUCGCGACGUUCGCGAGACACCGCCACCCGGACGCGAACAAGGUGUCCCGAGGCCCUCUUUGGAAGCGAGGCCACCGAACCGUGCAUCAUGCCCUCUUCCGUGGCUCCGUCUCGAUACGACCCGACAAGUGCGGACUGGGACGAGUUCGACUACUUCUGCCAGAGCCCGUACCUGCUGUCAGUGAACGAGCCGCCUCCGCCCAGGGAGCGCUUCAAGCGGCGCCUGUUCCGCCGCUCGCAGAAGUACUCCGACCCGCCGUCUACGGUGCCCGGAUCGCAGAGGCACCUCGACCAGCCGCCGGCACAGAUCAGCGCCGAGAGACUACGGUGCAGCAGUCGCAGCACCGAGACGAUGCUGGACUGGCAGCCAACCGGGUCGAUGACCCGGCGCCAGGGUUCAAGCCGGCGCUCGCCCGCUGCACCAGCCACGUCCGGCUCGGUGGUGCCGGGCUCGCAGCGGUCCCUGCUCAGCGACCCCGACGAAGAAGAGUUCGGGGCCCCCGACGAGCCCUCGUCACCGCCCCUGCCGCCGCCGCUCCCACGGGCGCCACCGCCUUACGAGCGACAGCAGCAGCAGCAACAGCAAAUGCCAGACUGCGUCAUCAUCUCAUCGAGGACCAUGGACCGUUUCCUGCCUUCCUUCGGACAGGAAGUGAGCGAGAGUGGCCAAUUCGGAGGGUCUGCGGGCAGCGGCGGUGGCACAACCUCACCCCGGCUGUCCUCUUCGGUGGGUUCGGUGUCCGUGGAGGUGGCCGAGUCCACGAACCGCAUCGUGGUGGACUUCUGCGAGAACGCGGGCUUCACGUGCCACGACCUGCCGUCGCCCACCACGGAGCUGUCGCCGAUGCCUCGCGACUGGAUCGCCAUGCAGCUCGGCAGGCAGCGGCAGGCCUUCGCCUGGCUUCAGCAGUCCUCCUCCUCGCGAUGCGUGCUCGAAGGACUCCUGCUCAUGAACGUCGAGAGAAACAGUCAGUUCCCGUUCGUCACCUACCUCGUGUGCGAUGCUGCUCGAUGCGACCCCUUGCGGCUAAUUAUGCAAAUGGAGAGUCAUCACGAUGCUGGUCCGGAGGGAGAACGGCUACACCAUACGGCCGUUUACGACGAAGUGGCCACCAUCGCCAGGCCCCCCGUGAACGAGGUGCCGCGGAAGCCCAGCUCGAGCAAGACUGGCUACAUCCUCUCCGCCUUCCGCGUCUUUCCCGGCGAGGACCGUGAGAAGCUCGACAGGUCGUGGCUGCUGUGGACCGGGGCUCGCCAGAUCUACCGGCGCCUGCCUCCUCACCUCGGCCUGCGUCGCAUCACAUUUCACAAGAAGAUCUGCCCCCAGGACCACGGCAUCACGUACGUGCUGCUCUGCGAGUGCCCGACGCUCAUGGACUACGUGCCGGAGGCGUGCGUGCUCGUGGACCAGCUGCGAGCGCGGUGCUGCGGUUACACGGCGUUGUACAGGGUGGUCGACUCGUUCUGAAGGACAGCGUUGACCACUACAGUGACUCCAG